UAUCUACACCACUCACUCCCAUACCAACCAGUUAAAGUUACUCUCACUUUUUCUGUGAUACUGCCGUCGGGUUAGUAGCUGUCGGCUCUCUCCUCCCAAAUAACAGUGAUAUCAAGACCAGACAGUGGUGAUAGUAAUAAGGUUCUUUUAUCCGAUUCACUGGUUAAUAAGCAUAUAUAUUUUUUGUUACAUCACGCUUGUACGUAAUAAAAAAAAGAGUAUGGAAAAUAACGUACGUAUCUGUGUUGCUGCUGGUCCGUGGACGUACAAUUCUCAUCAGGUGACGUACGAGUGACCAGAGUGUAUACAGAAAGAGACGGGGGGUAAUGAACGACACUCCUCAAUAAGUGGCGCCACAUAACCCACCACGAUGUCUACAGUGUACGACAACCCUUGCUUCCAGGGUGAGGGGAAUGGUGAUGUGUCAGUCGCGGUGGAGAAGGGAUGGUCGGGCAAAGAGAAACUGACCUACUCGUGGGACAACGUGAACGUGUUUGCCUCCACCACAACAGGCUGCGGCAAGAAGAAGGUCACUAAGGCGAAGCACAUCCUCAAAAACAUCACGGGGAUCUGUCGACCUGGGGAACUUCUGGCAAUUAUGGGGGCAUCAGGAGCCGGCAAGACCACCCUCCUCAACGUCCUCACCUUCAGGAGUGACCAGGCCCUUAAAAUCUCAGGGUCGCUCUACGUGAACGGGCAGAGAGUAACGCCUAAUCUGUUGAUGAGUCGGUCGGCAUACGUGCAGCAGGAGGAUCUGUUUAUCGGUACAUUCACCGUCAGAGAGCAACUUCUCUUCCAGGCUAACUUACGGAUGGAUCGCAAUACAUCACAAUCACAAAGAGUCCAGCGUGUCGACGAGGUCAUGAAGCAGCUGAGCUUGACGAAGUGCGCCAAGACGCUGAUAGGAGUGGCAGGCAGUAUUAAAGGCAUUUCAGGAGGGGAGACCAAAAGACUUGCUUUCGCUUGUGAGAUACUGACAAGCCCUUCAAUAAUGUUGCUGGACGAGCCCACCUCUGGCCUCGAUUCCUUCAUGGCCCAGACCAUCGUACAGGCCAUGAAGGACCUGGCCAGCACGGGAAUGACUGUCAUAUCUACCAUUCAUCAGCCCAGUUCUGAGGUGUUCGCGCUAUUUGACCGUGUGUUACUGAUGGGAGAGGGACGAGUGGCUUACCUGGGUUCAACCUCCGAAGCUGUCGCCUUCUUCUCCGGCCUCGGAAAAAACUGUCCCAAGAACUUCAACCCGGCAGAUUUCUUCAUCUCUACCCUGGCUAUUGAACCUGGCCGAGAGGAGGAGUGUCUAAAGUUCGUGGACUAUGCCUCCGACGCCUUUGUCAACAGCAGCGCCGGCCAGCAGGUCUCUAAAACUGCCGCUGACAACAAGAACGCUCUCACCAAUGGUCAAGCUCUUCACUGUGACCGUGUAGAGGUAGCCAAGUCACCAUACAAGGCUGGGGUGUUGACUCAGUUUUCCGCAGUUCUUAAAAGGUCCUUCUUGGCGAACAUACGAGAGCCGAUGAUCCUCAGAACUAAGGUGUUCCAGACUGUUUUAAUCUCACUGCUGGUGGGGGUGAUCUACCUGAACCAGGAACUUGACCAAUCAGGAGUAACCAACAUCAACGGCGCCAUCUUUCUCCUGGUCACACAGAUGAGCUUCACCAAUGUCUUCGGUGUCGUCCACACCUUCUGUGCUGAGCUACCCAUCUUUUUACGGGAGCAUUUUAACGGGAUGUACCGUGCUGGGGUGUACUUCAUCUGUAAGAACUUGGCCGAAUUGCCCCUGAUGUUAACCCUUCCAGCUCUCUUCGCUGCCAUCACCUACUAUAUGAUAGGGUUAUAUUCGCCAGUAGAGAAUUUUUUCAUUUGUAUGGCGAUCCUAAUUCUGACGGCUAAUGCUGCUAUGUCCUUUGGUUACAUGAUAUCGUGCCUGGCACCGAACGUCCAUCUGGCACUGGCACUCUCUGCUCCACUCAUCAUUCCACUUAUGCUGUUUGGCGGAUUUUUCCUGAACUCUGACUCAGUACCAGUAUAUUUCAUAUGGAUCAAGUACAUCUCGUGGUUUAACUAUGGUAACGAGGCUCUGAUGAUCAACCAAUGGGCGGAUAUUGAUUCUAUCGCCUGUUCCAACGAGAACAGCAGCCUCUGUCUCCAUGACGGCCUGGAGGUACUCACAGCCCUGGGUUAUGAUGAGGAUAACUUGAUUGUAGAUGUCGGCGCCCUCUUAGCUCUGAUAGUCGGCUACCGUCUCCUAGGAUUCCUCUUCCUGUUGCUCAAGACGAGGAGGAAGUCAGUGACCCAGUAUGAUUAGGGAAAGUUCCAGAACUUAUGAUGGUGAUGGAGGCAGUGGUUUACAAUGUCAGGGAGAUGGUGAGAAGGGAAAAACGACAAUAAAGGAGGCUAGAAUAAAGAGAUGGAAUGAGGAUGACAAGUAUAGCAGGAGUGAUGAGGGUGGAACAACAAAGAAGACAAAGAUGACAGAGAGAAGUGUGGGAGAGAAGGAAUAUAAGGAGGAAAGAGACACAAUAGGAAAGGAGUAGAACUUGGUGGAAGAGAAUAUCUUGUAGGAUACUUAAGAGACAGGAUAUUUAAAAACUUGUUUAGUCUUAGGAUUUUGUCACCACUUAAUUCUGUAAAUAUUAGUAGCUUAGUUACCAUUGAUGAAAGCUUUCUACAUACCUUUUAAAAGAAAAUGGAAACUGAAUAUCUUUCCCUUCAAAUAUGAAUUGAGAUGAAAAGAAUCAUUUCUUUUUUUAUUUAAUAAUAUUCUAUGUACAGUAUAUACAUAUACAGUAUAUAUAUAAAAAAAUUCCAGUGUUUUUGUAGUUGUUACUCAUAAAAUGGGUACAAAUUUUAAUAAGACUGUUUCUCUCAAUAUACUAAACAAUAUAGUACCUCUACUCAAUAUACUCUACACAAAAUGAACAAAUCAAAGUAGUUCACAUGACAUAACAUCUGAAUAUAAACUUACCCGGUACUUCAAUCUUCAAUUUAGUUACAAGUGGAAUAGAUCCAUAGUUUGUAUGAUAGUAAUUUUAUAUAUCAGCUUAAAAUAAACCUAAGAUAUCAGU